AGCGGUCCGCCCCCGUCACCCUGCGAGCCAGCGCCAUUGGCUGACUCUACUGACAGUCAAGUGGAAUAUACCUACGUCAUUGAGGUGCCAUAGCUGAUUGGUUAGCUGUUCCGUAAAAUCUCACCGCCGAGUAGGUAAGAUUAUGUUCACCAUGUUGGAUCAAGUGUUUAUCCUGUUUACCUUGUGAUCAGUUGGAUCAUGUCAGCGGAGCGUCAUCGUGCUGAAGUGUAAAGGACCCGCAGCCCGGCUCCCCGGCCCCCGGCACGCCGCGGUAAACCUUCCUGACACCGACAGGAGGAGGAGGACUUCGGUGUGGAGAUGAAGCUGCCCACUCUUGUUAGCUAGCUCCGAGCUGUCAGGUUAAGAAACUCUCGUCUUCACACGGGCGGCACGCAAAUUUAUUUAUCUUGCGUUGAAGAAGAACUUUUUGUCACAUUGUUCUCGCGUCUCUCUGGACUUGUACUUGUUUAGAGGACAGAGCGAAACAGGCCGAAAACAAAGAUUUCGUCGGCAAAUCAAGUCAUCUAGAAGGAACUAUGAGGGCUCGGGCUCUAAUGUUUUGAGCAAUGGUCACAGCCCCUCUGGUCGGGGUGAUGGGGGUUUCUCUCUAAACAAACACUUCCAUGUGAGUGGAUGGCGGCGGCUCGGGCCUGUCUGUCUGCUUGCGUCUGCUGUUGUAUUAUCGCCUUAGCCGGGAUACACCCCCUCUGCGCCGGAUCUGCGCCGUUAAUCACGGCUCGGAGAUUACCUCUGUUUACGGAAUAGCUACCUCGCUCUGCGCGCAAAAAUAGGAAGAGGAGUCCAUUUGGAAUAACAGAUGCAGUUUCCCGGCUGCGUGGACCCCCCUUUAUGGGAGGAUUUGCGGCGCUGGUUCGAAGCCUGUAAAAAACUUUGGCACUUGUUUUAGAUGAAUGUUGUUGUUCCCAUGUGACGGGCUCCAGAUCACAGCGCGGUGGAAUCAACACAAUGGGAGACAUCAAAAUCCAACAACUUUAUUUAUUCAGGGGGGCUCAGGAUUAUUUCCACUAAUUAUUUUUGAUGUGGUUGUGUCAAGUUUUUAUUUUUUUUUAAAACACUUGACAUUGCUUUAAAUUUGAGCAAAAAUAUCUUUAGUUUCAGAUCACUGAAACACAAGUGAGAAAACUGGGGCUGAAGUUUGUUAGCUGCUGCUUUUUUUUUUUUAAGUUGCAUUAUGAUAAACAUUAUGGCAAACUGUUUUAUUUACGUUUUGUGUGAAGAUUUAAAGUAACUGAUGUUGAUCUUUUGAAGCCAGAUUCUGUUUUAUUGAGUUUUCAGUGUAAGGGUUCAGUCUGGUAGCCUUCAUCACCACUUUCUGACCCGGUAGACUGUUUUUUUUUUUUUUUUUUUUUUUUGCUGCUGAAUGGCUCUUUGCAGCACAACUGCCACAAACGUUCCAAAAAUGAUGACUGCUUACAACGGUGGCUCCUCAGCAGUGGCUGCCCAUCACCAUCACCAGCUGCAGCACCUCCCGCCUCCCCACAUGCACCAUCACCACCACCACCACCAAGCAGGACAGCAUCACUUGCAGCACCCGGGUUCCGCUGCAGCGGUGCGCACGGUGCAGCAGCACACAGCCACUGCUGCGGCUGCAGCGGUGAUGCUCAAUCCUGGCCAGCAGCAGCCCUACUUCCCCUCUCCUGCGCCUGGACAGGCUCCAGGACCUGCUUCAGCUGCAGCUCCAGCCCAGGUUCAAGCCGCUGCUGUCAAGUCUCACCACCACCACCACCACCACCAUCAGCAGCAGCAAAACACGCAUCACCUUCAGCAGCAGCUGGACAUAGAGCCUGAUCGGCCAAUCGGCUACGGUGCGUUUGGAGUCGUCUGGUCGGUGACGGAUCCCAGAGAUGGAAAGCGAGUGGCUCUCAAAAAGAUGCCCAAUGUCUUCCAGAAUCUUGUUUCUUGCAAAAGGGUCUUUCGGGAACUGAAGAUGUUGUGUUUCUUCAAACAUGAAAAUGUACUUUCUGCUUUGGACAUACUGCAGCCUCCACACAUCGACUACUUUGAAGAAAUCUAUGUUGUGACUGAACUUAUGCAAAGUGACCUCCAUAAGAUCAUUGUAUCACCACAGCCUCUGAGCUCAGAUCAUGCCAAAGUUUUUCUGUAUCAGAUUCUUCGGGGACUUAAAUACCUGCACUCUGCUGGAAUUCUGCACCGAGACAUCAAACCUGGCAACCUCCUGGUCAACAGCAAUUGUGUGCUCAAGAUCUGUGAUUUUGGGCUCGCCCGUGUGGAGGAGUUGGAUGAGUCCCGGCACAUGACUCAGGAAGUUGUGACGCAGUACUACAGAGCACCAGAGAUCCUUAUGGGCAGCCGGCACUACUCCAACUCCAUCGAUAUUUGGUCUGUGGGCUGCAUCUUUGCAGAGCUGCUGGGUCGGCGCAUCCUCUUCCAAGCUCAAAGUCCCAUUCAGCAGCUGGAUUUAAUCACUGACCUACUGGGGACGCCUUCUAUGGAGGCAAUGAGGACAGCAUGUGAAGGCGCACGGGCGCACAUUCUCAGAGGAACUCAUAAGCAGCCAUCCCUCCCUGUUCUGUACACACUGUCUAGCCAGGCAACCCACGAAGCAGUUCAUCUGUUAUGCAGGAUGCUGGUGUUUGAUCCAUCUAAGAGGAUUUCUGCCAAGGACGCUUUGGCUCACCCUUACCUAGACGAGGGUCGACUGCGCUACCACACGUGUAUGUGCAAAUGCUGCUACACCACAUCCUCCGGCCGGGUUUACACCAGUGACUUUGAACCGGUCACAAACUCCAAGUUUGACGAUGGUUUUGAGAAAAACCUGACCUCUGUGAGGCAGGUCAAAGAGAUCAUCCAUCAGUUCAUUUUGGAACAACAGAAGGGGAGUCGGGUGGCGCUCUGCAUUAACCCUCAAUCAGCUGCUUUCAAAAGCUUCAUAAGCUCCACAGUAGCUCAACCCUCUGAAAUGCCUCCGUCUCCGCUUGUGUGGGAAUAGAUGCUGCUGUGCACCAUCCUUUUCCCCAGCUGACCCGUUGGAACCCGAAAGCACCUAAUAAUUACGUAGCAUUUCACUGGAGUGAAGAACUCGCGGCUCUGAUCUAUUCAAGUGGACACAUGGAGAAAACGACUGAUACCUUUUGGAUUUGAAGUCUUGAUUUACAAAUGAAUGGGACAGCAGCUUGAUAGAACAAAUGUUGAAGGUGAACUAAUGUAUUAGUUGCUGAGUAGACAAUAAAAUCUUUAGAAAACAAAGUACAGUUGUUAAUGAUCGUACCCAAUACCUGCAAAGAUGUAUAGAUUUUUUUUUUUUUUUGCCAGAUGUAAACUACUUACAUUUAUUGCAAACCGUACACUUUGGCAUAUUCCUGUUAUUACGUCAACCAGCAAUGUUGCAAUGGUUCUUUAGAUCCCACGUUGCUUCGUAUCCAGACAAUCAACUGUAAAUGUGUCUGUAGAAUGGACAGAUACCCCAAGUUUUACAAAACAACAACAAAAAAAAAUGUUCUAUUUGAGAUGUGAAAAAUGUUUAAACUUUGGUUGUUGGAAGCAUUUGUCUUUUCUUUUUUUUUUUUUCCCUCAUCAAAUGUUUAAUUUACCAAAGAUUAGGAGCCUCGUGCAGGAAUUAUGCAGCGAGGUAAUCAAUAGGCCCCGUGUACAAACAGUACAUGCUUUCUAAAUGGGUAUUCGUCUGCACAGUUUUCACUUUAUGCAAAAAUGUAGAAGGAUAAGCGUACAUUUUAUAGAAGGAUGCUCCUGAUGUUUCAGUUGAAGGAGUUCUAAAGAUUCUGCCAUCAAACCUUCCUUGCACGAUCACUUCCUUCGGUUCGGAUGUCCUGGUUCUGUUCGGAUGCUCAGAUUCGGAUGGAGCAGUGGUUCCCAGCCUUUUCACUGUCAAACCCAGUUGCUCCUGCUCUUACAUAUUAAACCAGAAGUUUCCAUCCACAGCGUAAAAGUUUUAAAAACAGUUAUCAUUGAUUCUUAGUAAAUGUACGGGAACUUGUGAAUUUAAAGAAAGUUGCAAAAAAAACUGGCAAUUAAUAAAUGGAAAUAAUUUAUGUAAUUCUAACUGACCCAACAUGAGAUUUUUGGUCUGAUUUUAAUUCAGAAAGCAAGGAAGAAAUUGUGCUUGUCUUUUUAAUUGGUUUAUGUAAUUUUUAAAAAAUACAACAAUGUUUUAAUACAACAAGUAUUAAUGCAUUUGAAUCAGUUUGCAGAAUAUUUUGCUGGUCUUGGCUGUAAUGUUUGUGAUGGAAAGUUAGACUUUUAAGUAAAGCUGCUAAUGUCAGAGGUAUGCUACUGAAUAACAUUCUACAUUUACUGGACAUUUGAAUUGGGUCAGAAUUACUCUAAGUAAAUAAUAAUAAAAAAAAUACAGCAGAACUUUUUCCAAACACUUUCAAAAUGACUGUGCAAAGAUUCACACAAAGGGCUGCUUUGCUCUUGGGCCACCAAGGAUGUCGUUUCUAAGCCUGGUUUUAUGCUGAAACUUGCAUGAACAGCAUAUUUUGUUCAGAACUUGCAUCAAAAUGUCUGGUUUCAUUGGAGACUUGAUAUGUUGGAAAGAAUAUUCAACUUUAUCAUUCCUUGCUCUUUUGUUUGUACAUGUUUGUUUCUAACUGUCAUAGUCAACCACACGUCUACAAAGAGUUUCUUGUUUAAAAACUUAAAAUGUGCCCUGGGAAAGGUUCUGGGUCAGAACCACUGCAUUACAGGAUAUGAAUACCUCUUUAUGAAAAGCAUUUUGGUUGUGGCAAAGAAUUCAUGUAUCCCAAAAAUAAUCCAUAGUCUGAAUCCUAUCUGCAUUUUAGGACCUCUAUCUGAUUAUAAUGUUCUCUUACAGCAGAGUAGUUUAUAUGAAUUCAUGUGUGCAAUCAUUGGCAUAGUUAUAAUAGUAACAUUCUUUAGAUUUCCCUUUGGAAUCAAUUCAAUCUGUCAGCAUUCUUCUAAAAUAUUCAGCCCUCCUUUAAAAGCUGUGAUGUGUGUGACGAACACAGAUCUCACUGAUUAUUAGCCCCAGAAAACACACCCACGUUUUCGACAUGCUCUGUUGUGAUGAGGUUGAAAUAAAACACAUUUGCUUUGUCAAUUUGUGGCCUUAAGAUUGAAUCUUUGUGAUUGUAAAUGUAGUUUCAGAACCUGUCAGUGGAAGUGCAUGUCAACAACCUUCUGUAGAAAAGCAAUAUCUGUAGAGUGGUGUGAAAAAGGGUUUGCCUCUUUCCUGAUUUGUUUCAAAACGUCAAUCCAAUUUAGAUAAUAGUCAAAGACAUCACCCAUAAACACAAAAUGCUGUUUUCAAAUGGUGUUCAUUAUUAAGGGAGGAAAAAAUCCAAACUUGCAUUUACCCUUUGUGAAAAAGUGAAUUUCCCCUAAAAAGGGGAAACCAACUGCAAUCAAGCAUUUGCAAUAAUUUGUGAUGAGUGUUUUCCAGCUGUGGAGGAAUUUUGAGCCACACAUUAAUGCAGAAUUGUUCUAAUUCAGUCACAUUGACCAUCAAUGGUCUUCGUUCAGUUUUUCUUCAGUCAGAGGUGGACUUGCUGCCGUGUUGUGGGUCAUUGUCCUGCUGCAGAACCAGCGUUGGUUUCAGCUUCAGAUGGCCGAACUUUCUCCUUUGGGAUGUUUUGGUAAACUCCGUUUAUCCCAGCGAGUUCACCAGAUUCUGAAGCAGCAAAACAGCCCCAGAGCAUCACUCUACCACUACCAUGCCCUACUAUUCUUUUUCUGAAAUGCAGUGUUACUUGAACACGUCUGAAAAGAGUUUUACUUUUGGUCUCAUAAUUCUACAGAAUGUUUCAAAGACCAUUCUUAAUAUUCUUUUUGCCCAGCAGUGAUUUUCAUUGGGGAACUCUGCCAGGCAGGCCCUUUUUGUCCAGUCUCUUUUUUUUUUCAUGAUGGAAGCAUGACCUCUGACCUUAUGUGUGGCAAGGGAGGCAUGCAGUUAUUUGGAUGUUAUUGAGUGUUUUGUGACCUCUUGGAUGAGUCACCACUGUGCUCUUGGGGUAAAUUUGGUCGUUGGAAGCCUCACCACUGUGUGGAUAACAGAUGACGGCUCUUGCUGUGGUUCACUGGAAUCCAAAGACUUUAAAAACUACUUUGUAACCCUUCUCAGACUGAUUGAUCUCAAUUAUUUUCUUUCUUAUUGUUGUACCUGAAUUUCUGUGGAUCUCUGCAUGAUGUUUAGCCUUUGAGGAUAAUUUGGUGUACAUCACUUUGUCAGUGAAAUACUGCCUGACAAAGUGAUGUCUUGAUUGAAACGAUGAUCCUGAUUGAAACGGUGAUAAACCAUGCGAUGGUGGGUGGAGCAAUCACUUUUUCACACAGGGCCUUGAAGGUUUGGAUUUUUUUCCCUUUCAAAACACUUUUCACAGGUGCUUUUUUGGGGGCGAGGUUGUUGCUUGCAUUGUCUUUGACUUAUAUUGAAAUUGGUUUGGUUUGAAGUGAGACAAAGAUGCAAAAAAAAAAAAAAAAAAGGAUAUGAGGAAGGGCAAACACUUUGUCACACUACUGUGAAAAAGUGGUAAAAUAAUUUCAGUGUCGAUGUUUCACUUUGAAUGAACAUGAUUAACCCUUUACCUGCCCCAGAACAAAUGCAGGAGCUAAUGAGGAAGGAGCCCAGCUGAGGAAGCACAGCUGGAGCUCAGUGUUGCCGUUGCGCCUGGCCCCACAGCAACACUCAUUCAUUGGUCAACCAAUCACAGUGUUUUGUGUAAACCUCGUUGCCUUCCGGUCCCACAUGGCCCUGACAGCCUUUUCAAUGCUUGUGCUUGAUUAGAGAGCAGCUCAAUUUAAUGUCUUGGUUCUUGAACCAAUAUGUCUAAAGUUUUGUGUUGGCCCACAAUCUGGUUUCUCAGGUUUUUACAGGAAAAAUAAAAUCUAAGUGGUUUUUAAUGUGGCUUCUAUAGUCAUUUAGGAAUUUAGACAUUAUUGACCCCAAGCAGAAAUUCUGUUCCACAAACCAGCCCCUGCACUUCCAUCACCAAGUAGACAAUAACAUCCAACAACUUGGUUGACAAUAACAUUAUGAUCUUGUGAUCCUUGAGUUACAAAUUGUCUAGAGGAGUAAGAUCUCUAUUGUAUAGUUUGUAACUUUUAGGGUUACUGUGCAGCCUUAAACUAUGGAUUUAGAGUUUAUCAUUUGCAAAGUGGCACUUAAAAAAGUGUGUGAAAAUGCAUCAUUAUACAAAUGUUUUAAAAUCUGAAGCUACCUGCACUGCUUUGAAAAAUAGAAAUGAGCAUUUUUACUAAAUUUGUAUUUUAUUUUCACUCCUCGGGUAUGAACCCAAAAAAAGCAUUGAUGCUUCUGUGAAUUAUGCGGUUGAAAAAAGAUAAAUAAAAAGUCCCUUCUGUUAAGUCAGAAGUCCAGUGAUGAUGUUGCACAGUAAACUCCCAAGUGUCAAAUAAGCAUGUCAGAGCAUGUGAACUCUGUAAGAGUGAAUUUAAGUGAGUGUAAAAUGCCUCCUUAUUGAGCACAGUGUUGGUGUAAAUAUUCAGUAAAAAAAAAUUAUAUAUAUAUAUAAUUUACUCAUUGCACUGCAACUUUUCACUCUUUUGGAGUUAAUGUAACACCAUAAGCCAGUGUUACUGAAAAUUCUCCAAACUGAGUGUAAAAAAAUCUAAUGUAAUCAUAUACAAUUUACUAUAAACCUAUUCAUCAUAUACAUUUAUUGAAAUCAACAAUAACUUCAAAUAUUUACUCUAAAUAUUUCUCAGAUAUACAGCUAAAACUCAACAUAAAAUAUUUAAGAUAAAUAUUAGUAGGACAAAGACAUCUUCCAUGUCUUGGAUGUCUUAUCAGUUAAUUAAGUUUAUCACAGAAAUAUGUAAUUUCACAGAAAUGGGUUUAGCACAGAAAUAUAUUAUUCAGGGGAUGACCGCGGUGGGAGUUCGCUCUGCAAUCGGUCGAUUGCUGGUUCAAUUCCCGCUCCACCUGCCCUUGACGUUUGUGUCCCUGAGCAGGACACUGGUCUUGGUGUUGGGCUGAUGGUGCAAAACUGCAGCCUUGCUUCUGUCAGACUGCUGUCGCUACAAUCCGGCAGCUUGUCGUCUGACACUAUUGGAUAUUAGUUAGAAUAACACUUGAAAAGUAACACUGCAAGUGUUUAUGUAUCUCCAUAGAGCGAAAAUAUAUUAGCAAUUGAUGUUAAUGAAGUUUACUGUGUAACUCAAUUUUACUCUAGUCAGAGUGAAAUCAACUCUGAAAAGUUAACACUGAUCAGUGUAUCUUUAACACUGUACAGGGCGGGACCACAUGCUUUCUGGCUCAGUGUUGAAAUGAACUUUAUUAGUGUUAUUUCCACACUGCUCAAUUUACUGUGUAUCACUGGUUGGAAAUGAAUAUCUGAUUAUAUGAAAAUCGAGUGUUAAACGUAUAAAAUUGCAUAAUGAAUGAAAUGUGUAACAACCCUAUUAGUGUGAUUGACCCUUUGGAGGAAAUUAAAUGAAGUGGGUGACUUCAACAAGUCAGUAAGUCUGGGACUGUACUUGCUGCUCUUUAUUCACCCCAUUAAUCAUUAGAACUAAACAACGCUCUUGGAUAGUCGAACAGUCUUUAAAACCAAGAGAUUAAAUCCAGCUGCUUUCUACUCAGCAACAGCUGAAGAGCAGAGAAUCACUGAGCUUGCUCUGUGGUCCACUGUGAACUUAGCUUCACUACACUUCUUUACAGUCCUGUGACUUUUUUGCAGUUGACUGUUCUUCCUGUUUUUCCUAAGUCAUGUUUGGUGUCUAACCUGUUUUAGGUUUGUAUUUCUUUUUUGUCGAUGCUUCCCUGUGGGCAGCCCAUGUUGCUAUCCAGACUCCAAUCCUGAUGAGGUAAAAAAAAAAAAAUCCAGACUCCUUUACGCUGCAGUACCAGAAUGUACUCAUAAUGUACUGAUACAGUCUCUAUUCUACCUAUUGUAAUUAAGAACUGUGUGCAGAUUAGCUCCAUAUAUCCUAUUCAUGCAGAUCACUGUUGAUGAGUGACAAGUACUUGAGUGAAGAUUUUCACCAUAAUAGUUUUCCAUAUUGUCAAAAGAUCACUGUAGAGAAUAAAUAAUUCAGUUUGAGUUCAUCUUAUUUAUAUAGCGCGUAUUCAUUACAAAUACUCUCAUAUAACGUACAUGUGAUAUACUUUUACAGUUGUAAUGUAGUAUUGGUUUGCAUGUGAUCCUCACACUUUGAGUAACUGUGUUAAUAGUAAAUAGAAAAGCAACUCUGCUUAAUCAAUAUCACUGUAUUGAAACUGUAUUAGCCUGCCUAUUUUAGAGGCUUUGGAGUUUGAUUUUAUUUUUUAAAUCUACAAAUGUAUAUCUAUAUAUUUAGAUUUUUUAAAAAAAUCUUGUAAGUACAGUAUUAGGCAGAGAAUACAUGAUGUAUAUACCACAGAGAUGUACAAAUAUCCAAGGAUAUGUCUUUUGUUAUUGUUUUUAAUGAUGUUCUUGGAGCAACACUGUGUGAAUAUGUAUAAAGGGUUCCCUGUUUCAGUCUCUACCUCUUGAUCUCACUGACCUUGAGUUACUUAUCCCUUUUUAAAUUCAUGGAGAUGAGAAUAAUUAAACAGCUGACUGUUUAUUCAA